AUCCCAUUCCUAUUGGUCUCCGCUCGCCUGUCUCGUCCUCCUCCUCCUCCUCCUCUUGGGAAGUUACACAAACAGUUGAUCUUCAUUGAAAGCUGAAGGAUAGGAGGAAGAGCUAGGUGAUCAUGGGGGGAACCGGCGGCGGCGUGGGGGUUGGGGACCGUGGGGGGACGCCGGAUCGGGGUUCGUCGGAGGCGGAUGGGGAGGAGGAGCAGCAGAAGCAGCAGCGGUCGGAGAUCUACACGUACGAGGCGCCGUGGCACAUCUACGCCAUGAACUGGAGCGUGCGGCGGGACAAGAAGUACCGGCUGGCAAUCGGGAGCCUGCUCGAGGGCUACGGCAACCGGGUGGAGAUCGUGCAGCUGGACGAGGCCACGGGGGAGAUCCGCUCCGAUCCGGCCCUCUCCUUCGAGCACCCUUACCCCCCCACCAAGGCCAUGUUCGUCCCCGACCGCGACUGCCUCCGCCCGGACCUCCUUGCCACUUCCGCCGACUUCCUCCGCAUCUGGCGCAUCGCCGACGACUCCUCUCGCGUCGAGCUCCGCGCUUUCCUCAAUGGCAAUCGGAACUCCGAGUUCUGUGGCCCGCUGACCUCCUUCGACUGGAACGAGGCCGAGCCCCGCCGCAUCGGCACCUCCUCCAUCGACACCACCUGCACCGUCUGGGACAUCGAUCGCGAGGCCGUCGACACCCAGCUAAUCGCUCACGACAAGGAGGUCUACGACAUCGCCUGGGGCGGGGUCGGCGUCUUCGCCUCCGUCUCCGCCGACGGCUCCGUCCGCGUCUUCGACCUCCGCGACAAGGAGCACUCCACCAUCAUCUACGAGUCCGCCGACCCCCCCGGCACCCCGCUGGUCCGCCUCGGAUGGAACAAGCAAGACCCCCGCUACAUGGCCACCAUCAUUAUGGACAGCGCCAAGGUCGUAGUCCUCGACAUCCGCUUCCCCACUCUGCCCGUCGUCGAGCUCCAUCGCCACCAGGCCAGCGUCAACGCCAUCGCCUGGGCUCCCCACUCCUCCUGUCACAUCUGCACUGCCGGCGAUGAUUCGCAGGCCCUCAUCUGGGACCUUUCCUCCAUGGGCAGUGACCAGGCGAGCGGCCACCAGCCUGUCGCCUCAGCCGCCACAGCCGAGGGCGGCCUCGACCCCAUAUUGGCUUACACCGCUGGUGCCGAGAUCGAGCAGCUUCAGUGGUCCUCCUCCCAGCCCGACUGGGUGGCCAUCGCCUUCUCCACGAAGUUGCAGAUACUCAGGGUUUGACAGCCUCAUCUUCAAUCAGGAACCAAAUCGAGAAGCUAAAAAAGGGUUAUGCAUCACAAUUACCAUCCACAUUAUUCACUAAUGCCUAUUAUGCUUAGGAUGAUAUAACAUCAGGUUUUCUAAUUAAACUAGGAAAUGCAGGUUCCAUAGUAUUUUGUCUGUGUGUCUGUGGUAGUAGGUAGCUUCUGAGCUUGUCAACCGAAACUGCAUUCUAUUGAGUAGGGAUAUCAUUGACUCCAUUUUCGAGAGUUAUUGCUUUCUCUGGGUUGUAUGUUUAAUUCUAGUGAUAGAACUUAUGCACAUAUAUAAUGACUAAUUUCAGCAUGAAAAGAGUAGUUGGAAACAAGACUUAUAUUUUCA